UGUAGAGACAGCAGCAGUCAAACGUGAGGUGUCACUGUCGGAAAACACAGGGAUCCAAACAUCAGUACAACCCUUAACAACUGAGCUGGUUCCAGGAGGAAGGAAGCGAAACCACGCCGGUACUCGCUGCUCGGUUCUGACCCGCCCGCCGAGAUGGACGUCCGACAUGGGCCGUAGAGUCCUGCGGCGGCGCUGAAGGAUGGGCCCGGUCGCCUUGGACCUGAGGAGAUGUCUCUGGGUCGGCUCCUGCGGCGCGCCUCCUCCAAGGCCUCCGACCUCCUGACCUUUAACCCCGGGGCGGGGGGCUCGUCGCUGCGGUCCGGCCUGGAUGGCGAGAUCAUCUUCUCCAAGAAUAACGUCUGCGUGCACCCGGCGGAGCCCCUGCCCGGCCUCGCCGAGCACCACCCAGGUUCAGCUCUCCUCAUCAGCUACCUGUGUGUGCACGUGGAGAAGGACGAGAACCUGGGCACCACUCUGAUUCUCACCUGGGUGCCCAACUCCCGCAUCCAGAAGCAGGACGAGGAGGCGCUGCGCUACAUCACGCCCGAGAGCUCCCCCGUCCGCAGGAACGCGCGGCUCCGCGGCCGACGACCCCACUCCCGUCCUCCGGCGGCGCCGGGCGAAGACGAGGGCGACGAGCGGAACAUCAGCGCCAGCGCGUCCUCAGAGAACCACGGCCUGGCGCCGGAGGCCUCGCCGCCGCCGCCGCCGCAGCAGCUGGCGUCGGCGGGGGAGGAGGGCGACGAGGGCUCCUACGAGCUGUCGGACGAGGUGAGCCGGGACAGCACCAUGGGCUCGGACUCGGACACCUUCUCCUCCCCCUUCUGCUUGUCCCCCGUCAGCGAGGCGCUGUGUGAGAGCAGCGGCUCGGUCUUCCUGGACAACGAAGCCAGGGAGCUCUGCGAGGAGUCCAUGACCCACUCGGUGAGCUCUGCCUCCAGCCUGGAGAGCAGCGGGCAGUCGCAGGGGACGCGCUGGGAGGAGCAGCAGAAGGUGCUCGCUCUGGAGCAGUUGUGCGGCGUCUUCAGGGUGGAUCUGGGUCACAUGAGGUCGCUGAGGCUCUUCUUCAGCGAUGAGGCCUGCACCAGUGGCCAGCUGGUGAUCGCCAGCAGGGAGAGCCAGUAUAAGAUCCUCCACUUCCAUCACGCCGGCCUGGACAAGCUGGCCGAGGUCUUCCAGCAGUGGAAGUGCUGCAGGGAAACCCAGCUGAAAGAUCAGGUGUCGGAUGAGCGGUCCUGCAUGCAGUUCUCCAUCCAGAGGCCCACGCUGCCGUCGGCCGAGAUGCACCCAGAGGAGAAGCUGUACCGGCGCCUGGACGUCACCACGUGGCUGCGUCACCUCAACCAGAGCGGGCAGGUGGAGGAGGAGUACAAGCUGCGCAAGGCCAUCUUCUUCGGCGGCAUCGACCCCUCCAUCCGCGGCGAGGUGUGGCCCUUCCUGCUGCACUACUACGCCUACGACUCCAGCUCCCAGGAGCGGGAGGCCUGGAGGCUGCAGAAGCGCGGCGACUACCACGGCGUCCAGCAGCGGAGGUGGGGCACCCUCAACAUGGCUGCAGCGCCGGCUGCCAAGUGCUCAGUCAGUCACACGCGCCGCCAUAUGUUGUCCAUGAGCCCGGAGGAGCACAGCGAGUUCUGGAGGAAGGUCCAGUUCACCGUGGACAAAGACGUGGUGCGGACGGACCGCAGCAACCACUUCUUCAGGGGCGAGAACAACCCCAACGUGGAGAUCAUGAGACGGAUCCUGCUCAACUACGCGGUGUUUAACCCGGACAUGGGCUACUGCCAGGGCAUGUCGGACCUGGUGGCCCCUCUGCUCACCGAGAUCCAGGAUGAAAGCGACACCUUCUGGUGCUUCGUGGGCCUCAUGGAGAACACCAUCUUCAUCAGCUCUCCGCGGGACGAGGACAUGGAGAGGCAGCUGAUGUACCUGCGGGAGCUGCUGCGCCUCAUGCUGCCCCACUUCCACCACCACCUGACCAGGCUCGGGGAGGACGGCCUGCAGCUGCUCUUCUGCCACCGCUGGAUCCUGCUCUGCUUCAAGCGCGAGUUCCCCGACACGGAGGCUCUGCGCAUGUGGGAGGCCUGCUGGGCCCACUACCAGACGGACUACUUCCACCUUUUCCUGUGCGUGGCCAUUAUUGUUCUCUACGGGGAGGAUGUGACCGAGCAGCAGCUCGCCACGGACCAGAUGCUGCUGCACUUCAGCAACCUCUCCAUGCACAUGAACGGCGAGCUAGUGCUUCGCAAGGCCCGCAGCCUCCUCUACCAGUUCCGCCUGCAGCCCAGGAUCCCCUGCAGCCUCCACGACCUUUGUAAGCUGUGCGGCCCGGGCAUGUGGGACAGCCGCUACAUCCCCGCCGUGGAGUGUUCGGGCGAACACCCGGACUCGCAGAGCUGCCCCUAUGGAGGCACUUCCACCCCGCAGCCCUCCUCGCCCUCGCCGUCGUCCACGCCCCUGCCCUCACCGAACGCCACGCCGCCGCCUCCUCCCCCGGAGGGCAGGAAGGGCUCCAAAGCGCGAGAUAUUUUCACAUUCCGGAAGCAGUCCUGAGUAGGAGGCUGCGCAAAGGUUUGGAUCCAUCUGCUGGAUUCUUGAAAUGCCUGCUGCUAUCGGACUCCUCCGCAGCCGCGGCUCCGGGUUUCAGCUUAAGUGGUUGGGUCACUUGAUCCUUUCCUGCGGUGCAGAGUGUUAUUUGCAGCAAAUACGAUCUUGUUAAUUUGCAGCGAGGGGGGUGAGGGCUAGAGAGGAGGACGCUCUCCUCUCGGAGCGGGACGGACAAUCAUUAGCCGCUGUGUCGGUCUGGACCUGCUUCGGGUUCUGGUCGGCUGCCGGCUUUCUUCCAUGGGCCUGUGGACAGGGGUUCACAGUCGGGUCUGAGGCAACGGACCAGAAUUAGUGCAGACUCUGACCGCAGCUGAAAUGGAGCUAGGGAUGAAUGAACUCAAUCAAAAGGAGGCUGCACUGCUUCUCACAGUGAAGUAUUUGUGAAUAUAUCAGAUAAAAAUGUGCAUAUGUCGAAUAUGAACAGGACAUUUUUACAGUGAAAUCCAAAUCCUGGGUGUGAACAAGAAGGAGUUGGCACAGAUUAUAUUAUUACUGGUAGCCUUUUGUUUGAUUUUAUUAACCAACAAGUUGAACGUUUGCGUUGAUAUCGGCGGUUGUGAAAUAUUUAGCAAUAUUAUCAAUGCAUGAGCGAUUCUUUACAUAUAGGAGGCACAUGUUUGUUGAAGAAACACACAAGCCCGAAACAGAGGAAUGAAUGUGUUUACAUGACAAACCUGCACAUGACAGGGCUCCGCAUACCUGCCCAUCAGAUCGCAGUAAAGACACCACACACAAUGAUAUCUGUGGGUGUUUCUGAUGCGCAGGAGGAAGCCGGCUGUAAAUGUUGGCAUGUUUGUGUCACCGGUGCAGAAGCUCAUCACGAGGAGGAGAACAGGUUCUCCCGUCUCUCCGUCUGUUUUGUCUCCUGCGGUCGCGUUUCUUUUCUCAGCUCUCGCCUGAGAGUGGAUGACAUCAUAUCAGUGCUAGGAAUCGGUCCGUCGUGUGAAUGUAUCUCCAUUUCACGUUUGCUCACGUGUGUGUGUGUGUGUGUGUGUGUGUGUGUGUGUGUGUGUGUGUGUGUGUGUGUGUGUGUGUGUGUGUGUGUGUGUGUGUGUGUGUGUGUGUGUGUGUGUGUGUGUGUGUGUGUGUGUGUGUGUGUGUGUGUGUGUGUGUGUGUGUGUGUGUGUGUGUGUGUGUGUGUGUGUGUGUGUGUGUGUGUGUGUGUGUUUAAACCUCCAUUUCAAUCUGCCUCCACAGACACUAAGUCACAAGUUUAAUUAAUGACUGCUCCUAUAGGAGGUUCAUCACUGAAUGUAAGCUCUGUCAAAUGUUGAUGUUGCUGAGCAUCAGCAUGAGAGGAGCCACUUCUUGGUAUUAAUAAAAUUGUAUUGAGAUUCUACACAAAGUCUUUGUAUUUUGUUUUGUAUCUUCCAAAUGAAUGUAGGAAUCAAUAAUAAAGAAAACUAUUGAAAGAUAAAUACA